AUGGCGGGCUCAACACCGGACAUGGGCAAGCCCCAAUUUUCUUCUCACGCAUGGCUUGAGCCUAUUGUCGUCGUGAGCAUCAUGCUGGGCUCACUCGUGCUCAACCGACGCAAAAAUUAUAGUAUCUGGAGCGACAACAGACCCAUUGAGGAGCGUACUCCCCGCCGAUACUUUGAUUCUGACGAUGAAUAUCGCGAACGAUCACCCAGUCCCGGCAAGACAGAUCGGGUCUGUGGCGUAUCCGUCGCCACGCCGGACUCGUCGCGCUGGGCCCGUCACAUCCACAGUCGAAUCCUGUACAAAUUUCCCUUCUUGGUCGAGAUGUUCUACUGGGCGGUCAACUAUCUCUUCUACUCCGUGACGAAAGCAACUGCGCAAUGGCUGGCUCCGGCCCAGGAGAGUGUGGUGGAAAUUGCCCAACGACAUGGCGAGAGCAUUCUCUGGUUCGAGCACGAAUCGGUCUUUCGAUGGAUGUUCCCCAUCAUGGAAUCGGACUUUCAGGGCUAUUUCCUCGGCAACCACCCGUCUAUCAUGACCUUUUUCAAUCGCAUCUACUCUCUCGUCCAUAUUCCCGGCACUGUCCUAUUCAUCUCCUGGUAUUAUCAUGAAGCCCCCAACGCCAAUACCUUUGCCUUUGUCCGCCGCACCAUGACCCUCGGCAACUUCUUCGCAUUUGCCAUUUUCUGUGUAUACCCUUGCAUGCCACCGCGUCUCCUCCCCGACUCCUACCACUUCUUCGACACCGUUCGCCAAGAUCACGCCGAAAGUGUCUGGGUUGACAGCAAAUCCGUGAAUCAAUUUGCCGCCAUGCCCAGUCUCCACUUCACCUACGCCUUUGUGAUCAGCAGUACCUUCCUCUACCACUCGGAGAUCUUCCGCCGUUUCCGCGGCAAGCCCGUUCGCAAAUCCACCUUCUCGCAAGUUCUGUACACGGUGCUCGCUCUGGCAUACUCGCUGCUGGUCCUCAGCGUGAUUGUCGCCACUGCCAAUCAUUACUGGCUUGAUGCAGUCCUGGCCAUGGUCUCGGUGACUGUGUGCUUUAUGGUAAAUCGGGUGUUCUUGCUCCUUCUACCUGUAGAGUACUGUCUUUGCUGGGUGUUGCGCCUGGCGAAGCCGCCUCCUCAUGUGGGUGGGAACAAGUCUGAUGACUCGAGGGCGAUGGAAUCGCCUCAGUACCGGGCUGUGUCGGGUUCGGAUAACGUGUGA